GCAUUCUUCAUCAUCAGAGCUUUCAAACCGAGAAGGCAGACAGGAUAAACACUGCGAAAAGAGAAGGAUGAGCUGUGAAAGCGUCAUCUGGAAUCGGUCGGUUAGGAGAGCUUUGACAUAUCAUCAGAUCUGAAACUGAAAGAUCACAGCAUACUACACCAGAGAAUACAGAGAGGAUAGACACCACAGAUAGAACCCGACCAUCAUCCAAGGAACAACUGCGUCAUUUUGGGAAGACGUUCAGACCCUUUGCAGCAUUGCUCAAUUCAGAGAAGGUUGGACAGUGAAACCAUCGUCUGGAAAUCAGUCGGGUCAGGUGAGCUUCAACAUACCAUCAGAUCUGAAAUUGGUCAGUGCUGCUGCAGUUGGAUCCAACCUUUCUGAAGGUUCGGCUGUGGGUGAUCGGUCAGGGUGAGGCUGGGAAGAAGUGUGUGUGGCACCAAGUGUGGUGAGAACUUCAAUCAUUCAUCGCGCCUCAUGAACCACUGACUUAUUCCUGCAGAUGAGAGUGUAUUCAAGUGUUUGAGCAGGUCUCCUCAGGUUCAGUUUCUCCUAAUGUACCAAGUAUAUUUGGUGUGCAGCUGUUAGCAUCAGGACAGCCACAUGGAAGAGAAGUCUUUCAAGUGUGAGGAGUGUGGCAGAGCCUUCACACGAUUCUCAACGCUCAUGAAUCACCGACGCAUUCACACAGGGGAGAAACCAUUCCAGUGUGAGGUGUGCGACCGAGCAUUCACAUGGCCAACAAAUCUCAGGCAGCAUCGACGCAUUCACACAGGGGAGAAGCCCUUCGAGUGUGAGGUGUGCAGCAAAAGCUUCGCCCAAUCCUCAGCCCUGGCGGAUCAUCGGCGCCUUCACACGGGGGAGAAACCGUUCAUGUGCGAGGUGUGCACCAAGUCCUUCUCGCAGUUGUCAUCCCUUCGGGCACACCAGCGCCUUCACACAGGGGAGAAACCAUUCACCUGUGAGAUGUGUGACAAAUCCUUCUCACACCCGUCGCACUUCCGUGUGCACCAGCGCGUUCACGCUGAGGAGAAGCCGUUCAGUUGUGAGGUGUGUGACAGAAGCUUCACAAACUCGUCCGUGCUCCUGAUGCACCAACGCGUUCACACAGGGGAGAGGCCCUUCGCAUGUGAUGUUUGUGACAAGGCGUUUAGCCAUGCCUCUGCUCUCCUGACACACCAGCGGGUGCACACCGGUGAGAAACCGUUCAAGUGCGAGGUCUGCGCCCAAGCCUUCGCACACUCGUCGACGCUCACAAACCACCGGCGCACCCACACCGGGGAGAGGCCGUUCGUGUGUGAGGUGUGCAAUGAGGGCUUUGCCCAGUUAUCACGGCUUGUGAGUCACCAGCGCACCCACACGGGCGAGAAGCCGUUCACAUGCAACGUGUGCGACAAGUCGUUUUCUCGUUCGUCCAUCCUGCGUGAGCACGCACGCAUUCACACUGGGGAGAAGCCAUUCAAUUGCGGGGUGUGUGACAAAUCCUUCUCACACUCAUCUCACUUCCGUGUACACCAACGCACUCAUACCGGGGAGAAACCGUUCACCUGCAAAAUGUGUGGCAAAUCCUUUUCGCGGUCCUCCACUCUCCGUGUGCACCAACGUAGACACACUGGAGAAAUUACUCAAAAACGCUUCAAGUGCGAGGUUUGUGAUAAAGCUUUUGUAAAGUCUACGCACCUCCUCAUACACCAGGGGAUUCACACAGGGGAGAAACCCUUCAGGUGUACAGUAUGCCACGCAGCUUUCACCCAAUCCUCCAAUCUCCAGACACACCAGCGAUUUCACACAGGAGAGAAGCCAUACAUGUGCGAGAUGUGUGACAAAUCUUUCUCACAGUCAUCAGAUCUGUGCAGGCACCAGCGGAGUCACACCGGGGCAAAACCAUUCAAGUGCAAAUUUUGUGAGAUAUCAUUCUCAUUGUUAUUUGCUCUGCGUCGACACCAACGCAUUCACACAGGGGAGAAACCAUUUGUGUGUAAAGUUUGUGACAAAUCCUUUGUGCAGUCAUCAAGUCUCAGUGACCACCAACGUAUUCACACAGGUGAGAAGCCGUUUAGUUGCAAGACUUGUGACAAAUCAUUCUCCCGGUCGGCGAACCUCCGAACACACCAACGUAUUCACACUGGGGAGAAACUGUUCAAGUGUGAGGCAUGUGACAAAUCAUUCCCUGACUCCUCGAGACUCCUGCUCCACCAGAGGAUUCAUACAGGGGAGAAACCAUUCAGGUGCAAAGUGUGUGAAAAAACAUUCUCAACAUCAUCAAACCUCCACAGACACAAACGCACUCACACAUGACUCACGACGGAGAAUUGCACCAUCUUUGAAGGAAGUUGAUGCUGGUGCGGAGUGUGAAAUCUUCAAAAAGUUGAAGCAGCACUGGAAGUCAUCAACUCAGUAGAGAAAACUGAAUCUCGUAGACAGAUGUCUUGCUAAGAUUAAGCAAAUCAAACAACAUGGUGUAACAAUUCAAAAACUGUUCAAAUUCAGACAGGAAGUUGUGGUGUAAGGAUAGUCUGACACCAUCAAGGACACCCCUGUUACUGUGAGAGACCAAUAGACAAGCUGAGAUGAAUUGAUCACCCAAAAUGGCACCUUAUACAAAGGGAGUAGUGUCUUUAUCCCUCAAGAGAUGAGAAAAGGGAGGCUGAAAUACAUCCCAUGCAAUACAUCAAGGAAUUGACUCCAGUCUAAGGACUUUAAGAGAAGUGCUGUACUGGCCAAACAUGAUGGAGAGAUGAAGGACCACAUCAGCCAGUGCAGUGCUUCUGAUGAACGUCAAGCUAAGCAAGAUAAAGAGUUGCUCAUUAACUGAUUAUCUCAGCACUGUCCACUGCUAUUCAAGCAGCAGUUAGAGCAUUUGAGAUCAGGAACUCCCAGUGUCUGAAUAGAAUGUCUGAAAGCACACUUAAGUCAUCCUGCCAUUCCUGACAUUGUGAUCUGUGACAAUAACCUCAAUUCACGAGUGAACGAUUCAGCCCUUCAUGACUGGGUGAGAAAUUCAGCACCAUACAUCACCUUUAUUGUCAGUCAAAUGGAAAGGUUGAGGCAGCAGUGAAACAUACCAAAUCAGAAAAAGAUCAACUAUAUCUAGCUCACAUAUGUACAACACAAUCUUAUCAUGGAGAAACAUACCUACUGAAGGAAUGGAAAGCAGUCCAGCAAGUAAUGUAAAACUGCACCCAAAUUACUUUUCCAAUAGAUAAAACAAAACAACUAAGAUCAAAAGUGCUAACAGCAAUGCAUAACAAGAUCAAAGACAGAAACUCAAAGGUCAAUUUGAUAACAAUUUGAAAUUGUUGUCAGAAUCUAGAUUUGGAGAGCUGGUCAGAAUGAAAAUUAUUUAGCACACUGAAAAAAAAUGUCAGCAUGCUGGCAACAAGGUAGCCUUCUCGAGAGGUUGCUACCUUGAUUGUUCACAGUGAAAGUGAAUGAUCAGACCAUCUUUGUACCUGUGGAUUUCGAACUGUAGCUGGAUAAGUUGCUAACUCACAGCAUGUAGUUCAUGAGGAAAAUCUUAUGUAAUCAACUGUGUGUGGAACUGAAUGAAUGUCAGACCUAGAAGACAGUUAAUAUCUCAGAUUGGCGGCAACAAUGACCACAGGAAUGGCACUCCCCACAGCAACAAAAUCUUGAAGCGGAUCCAAUGUCACCUUGAGCCAGCAGCCAGCAAAUGAGCAGACAACAACAACUCAGAGGCACAACAUAAACACACCUGCCUGCUGAAAAGACAAUGGGUGCAAUCCUGUUGGAGAAACAGAAGAAAUCAGAACUGAUGGAAUACAACAGACUUUAUUCAAAUGUAAUAAUUUUCUUGCUAGAAUUUAGAAUCUAUAACUGGUAAAUUAUAUGUAAGCAAUUUAUUUUUCUUUUUAUGAAAAAGGAGGAUGAUUUGACCAAUCCCUUUGUUCUGUGGCUUAUCAGACCUCUGUGAUUUUCUGUAAAUAAAGAUUUUUGACACUG